GGUGGGUACUGCAUGUGGCUCUACUCUAUUGGUAACGAUGAAGGGGCUGCUUGUUCUGACUGCGCUGUUUGUGGCCGUUUUCGGCAAGGAGACUUUUGAGGGGGACCAGGUCCUUCGUAUCACUGCGAGGGAUGAGGUCCAGCUCACUCUUCUGAGGGACCUGUCUGAGAUGGAACAUCUCCAGUUAGAUGUGUGGAUGGAGCCCACUGACCUCUCCACUCCUGUGGACAUCAGAGUUCCCUUCACCAGCCUGCAAACCGUCAAGGCCUUCCUGGAGACCGAGGACAUUGAGUACGUCAUCAUGAUCAGGGACCUGCAGGUUAUGCUGGACGAGGAGAAUGAGCAGAUGCUGAGUGCUGCCCGUGUCACUGCCCCCAGAACCAGCGACGACUAUGACUACUCCAACUACCACACCAUUGCCGACAUCUACGCUUUCCAGGACAUGCUGGUGGCUGAGAACCCCAAUCUGGUCAGCAAGAUCGUGAUUGGCCAGAGCUACCAGGGACGCCCCCUGAAUGUGCUCAAGUUCAGCACUGGUGGAACCAACAAACCUGGUAUCUGGUUUGACACUGGAAUCCACUCCAGGGAAUGGGUCACUCAGGCUAGCGGUACCUGGUUCGCCAAGAAGAUUGUGACCGACUACGGACGUGACGCAGCCCUCACCGCCAUCCUGGACAAGAUGGAUAUCUUCCUGGAGAUUGUGACCAACCCAGACGGCUACUACUACACCCACACUAGCAACCGUAUGUGGCGUAAGACCAGGAAGCCCAACCCUGGCUCUUCCUGCAUUGGAACUGACCCCAACAGAAACUGGGAUGCUGGUUUUGGAGGUCCCGGUGCCAGUAACAGCCCCUGCUCUGAGACUUACCGCGGACCCAAGGCUCACUCUGAGUCUGAGGUCAAGUCCAUCGUGGACUUUGUCAAGUCUCACGGCAACUUGAAGGCCUUCGUGUCCAUCCAUUCCUACUCCCAGAUGCUCCUCUACCCCUACGGUUACACCACGACCCCCUGCAAGGACCAGAGUGAACUGGACAACCUGGCCAGGAAGGCUAUCACUGAUCUGGCUUCCCUGUAUGGAACUUCCUACAGAUACGGAAGCAUAAUCAACACCAUCUAUCAGGCUAGCGGUGGUACCAUUGACUGGACCUACAACCAGGGCAUCAAGUACUCCUACACCUUUGAGCUGAGAGACACUGGUCGCUAUGGUUUCAUCCUGCCUGCCAAUCAGAUCCUCCCUACUGCCAAGGAGACUUGGCUGGCUCUGAUGGCCAUCAUGGAGCAUACCAAGGACAACACAAACUAGAGGGGUCACCACGACAACCUACUGGACUCUCUGUCAUUGUACUGUUGUACAUAGGUAUAUAUAGGAAAAGCCUAUCGGUAACAUUAUGUCUACCAUGUCUCUUUCCAGGCCCCAAAGAGACCAAUAAAUGUCAACUGUUAUACCUGA